UUGCGCGUUGUCUAUAUGGACCGCCUUCAUAAAAAUUCAGCAAAAGCUAUUGGUGCCCGUAUCAUGAAGCGAGUUAAAGGCAGAUGGCCUGGAAAUGCUGAUAUCUUUGCGGCAAUGGUCGGUCCCUGGGCAAACGGCUACCCCAGUGAUGGUCUAGGAGAAAUGACAGACACGCAUGGGCCUUACUUUAACCUGCCCCUUCUAUGGUCUGACAUGAUCUUUACAACGUCGCCGAAGCAAAUUCAGAUUGUCCUUGCCACUGAGUUCCAGAAUUUUGAGAAAGGUGAAAGAUUCCAAAAUAGCAUGAAAUCUGUAUUAGGUUUGGGAGUAUUCAAUGCCGAUGGUACGAGCCUGCCCAAAUUCCAUCGAUCCAUGACCAGACCUUUUUUCACCCGGGACAGGAUCAUCCAUUUCGAUUUAUACGACCGACACGCAGAGACAGCAAUCAGUCAGAUGAAACAAAGGCUUCGGAGCGGCUAUCCUGUUGAUUUUCAGGAUCUGACAUACCGCUUUACUCUGGACUCUGCCACCGAGUUUCUCUUCGGCUCUUGCGUCAACACUCUUACGGCCGCGCUACCUUACCCUCAAAGUAUAUCUAUUGUCCCAGCAGAAGCCAACGAUGCUCGCUCUCUUGAAGCCAAUGAGUUUUCCGAGGCAUUUUUUGAGGCCCAGGAGAUAUUAUCUAGUCGCUUGCGCAAGGGAUGGAUCUGGCCGUUGUUUGAGAUCAGGAAGGAUAAGACUGAGGCUCCAAUGAAGGUCGUGCGAGGCUUUGUCGAGCCCAUCAUCCAGGCGGCAUUGAAGAGGAAGGAAUCGUCCGAUUCUGUGAAUGAGAAACCAGAGCCCGCUGCCGUUGGCGACGAUGAAACGUUGCUGGACCAUCUCGUCAGCAUCACAUCUGACCCUGCUGUCAUCAGAGAUGAAACUCUUAAUAUCUUAAUUGCUGGACGCGACACUACCGCGGCGACACUCACUUUCCUCGUCUAUUUCUUGUCCAUGUAUCCAGAUGUUUGCACCCGUCUCAGAGAAGAGAUUCUCACCAGAGUCGGCACCACCCGUGCACCCACUUUCGAGGACAUCAAGGAAAUGAAGUAUCUGGGAGCGGUGAUCAAUGAAACGCUGAGACUGUAUCCCGCCGUUCCUUUCAAUGUCAGAGAAUCUAUAAGCGCCACAACCUUCCCUUCCGAGGAUCCUUCGGAGAAGCCAUUGUAUAUCCCGGCAAACACGAAAGUCUCGUAUUCAGUUUUCAUCAUGCAUCGUCGAAAAGAUCUUUGGGGUCCUGAUGCCGAGGAAUUUGAUCCUGAUCGUUUCCUGGACCACCGACUGAAGCAGUAUCUAAUACCUAACCCCUUCAUUUUUCUUCCGUUCAACGCGGGCCCAAGGAUCUGCUUGGGGCAGCAGUUUGCGUAUAACGAAAUUUCUUUCAUGGCUGUGCGACUCUUGCAGAACUUCACGUCGUUCGAAUUCGAUCAGGAUGCUUUACUGAACGAGUUCCGUCCUCCGGCGGAUUGGGCCAAAUGUAAGGGAAGGAAGGCAGUUGACAAAUUUUGGCCGAGAUAUACAUUGACGUUGUAUAGCGCGGGUGGUAUGUGGAUUAAGGCGACUGAAACUGAUAGCUUGAAUUUGGCUCAGGUUUGAAAAUUUGAUGCGUGUGUUCCG